AUGUGUGGUAUUUUAGCAUGUGGAACCAUGGCAUGCUGUGCAGGAUGUUCAUGCUGUGGUUCUAUUAUUAAAAAGUCAACAGGUACAAGAGUUAUUUAUGUUAUAUUCUUCUUGUUAGUAUCGGUUAUUUCAUAUAUUUUGAGUGCAUUCGCUUCACAAUGGUUUGCAAGUGUAGAUGUUUUAAAGAUCUGUUCUAAAUAUGAUAAUGAAUGUUUUGGAUCUUUAGUUGUUUAUAGAUUAACAUUCUCAUUGGCAAUCUAUCAUAUUCUAUUGGGAUUGGCAUUGAUCGGUGUAAAGUCAUCGGAGGAUUCACGUGCAGCUAUCCAGGAUGGCUACUGGCCAGUCAAGAUAUUCUUCUUGGCAGGUCUGUCGUUUGCUUCGUUCUUCAUUCCCAACACAUUCUUUGUCUACUACGGCUGGAUCUCAUUGUUUGGUGCAGCACUGUUUAUUCUCAUUCAGUUGAUCUUGCUGAUUGAGUUUGCGUACGGCAUCAACGAGAUCUGGGUAUCAAAGAUCGAAGACGAAGGACACCUCACCAACCGUUACUACAUCAUGCUGCUCGGUAGCACCAUUGCAACGAUCUGCAUUGCAUUGGCACUGACCAUCACCAUGUUGGUUCUCUGGAGUAAGACAUCAAUCAACCAAUUCUUUAUCGUAUUCAAUCUCGGUUUAUCACUCAUCAUCGGUGUAUUAUCCAUUAAUGAAAAGAUUCGAGAAUUUAGACCAUCUUCUGGAUUAUUCCAAUCGGGUGUUGUCAUGUUGUAUUCUGCUUAUUUGGUGUUUAGUGCUAUUAUGAGUGAACCAUCAAUGGAUAAUAAUAGCAAUAGUGGAAAACAAAAGACAUGGACAAUCAUUAUUGGUUCGAUGUUUACCAUUAUUUCGGUUUGCUAUUCCGCUUUCAGAGCGUCGGAUUCCAAUGAGAUCUUGGGAUCGUCUUCGGGUGGUGGAUUCGACAAGUUACCAACGGUUGCAAGCGAUGACGAGGCUGCUGAUGAUAAGAUGGAGGACGAUGAAAGCGGUGGUGUCGCUUACAACUAUACAUUCUUCCAUAUCACAUUCGCACUUGGUGCAAUGUAUAUCGGAAUGUUACUCACCAAUUGGGCAACGAUCUCUGGUACUUCCGGAUCAAACGGUGACCUCAAUGUCGACUCUGGUAUGGUUUCCGUUUGGGUCAAGAUCGUAAGUGGUUGGUUGGUUCAUCUUUUGUAUCUUUGGACAUUAGUAGCCCCUGUUUUAAUGCCAAACCGUGAAUGGGAUUAA